CAGAGAGACGGGAUCCCAGUCCCUACCCAACCCUUCCCAAAUCGGCGCAACUCCCACCCACGCCGCCAAUGCAUCUCCGGUGAUGGCGACGGCGACGGCUGGUCCCGCGCCCACGUUCUUACACCCCAAGAUGCAGCGGCUCGUCUCCUCUCCUCUCCGGUCUCCGCGGAGGAGCCACCCUGGUCGGGCAGCAGAGAGGAUCGCCGCCGGCUGGAUCCUUUCUCUUCUCGACGGCCAAGCACCACCGGUUGGAGCCCGUCUCAUCCCCCCUCUGGUCGCCGUGCAGCACGUUCGGGUCCAACCUCCCUCCCCCUCGACGGCGCCCGAAACCCUAGCUACCCCCUCUCUUCCACCCAUGACCAUGGCGAGCCCGCACAAGGCACUUUCUUCCCAUCUCAUCUCCCCGCGUGAAGGAAGGGGCCAUGGGGAGAUAAGUUUCUGCAGGUACCUAUUCAAGAGGAGGGCCAUGGAGAAGCCCCGACGCCAUGGAAGAAAUCUCACUUCCUCGAUUCAGUCCAGGGAGACGACGCUGCUGCUGUUCGAGAAAGUUGGACCAUGCUACCUGCGAGACAGCAGCAGCCAAGACGCCAGUCCAGGAGGAAGGGACCACCCGUGUUCGGCCCGAGACUGACGUGGAGAACUGUUGAGCUAAGGUUCGAACCUUUACUUUCCAUGCCAGUUUUUCCCUCAUUACUUGGUUUCAGGACGGCCAGUGCUGUGUGAUGUUGUCGAUCUACUCCUAUCUUUUUUCAAAAAUUGCA